AUGUCGUCAAUCAUCCGCCUCCUUGUCAUCUCCGAUACUCACUCCACCUGGCCCUACACUUCAACCUGCCCCGCACCUCGAUGCGACAUCCUCAUCCACUGUGGUGAUCUCACCCAAGUCGGCGGCCUUCCUGCAUACAAAAAGGCUAUGCAAGACAUCCGUACCGUCGAUGCAGAGCUCAGACUCGUCAUAGCUGGCAACCAUGACCUCGAUCUCGAUGAAGAGUGGGUGCGCAAGAACGCUGAAGAUGGCGAAGAGGAAGAAGACGUGGAGGACAGUAAGAAAUGUGUCGAGUUCAUGAAGUCGCACGAGAAAUACGGAGUAUACUACCUGGAAGAGGGUAGACAUGAGUUCAAGCUGAAGGAUGGGAGAAGCUUCAGUGUCUGGACGAGUCCGUAUACGCCGGAGUUUAACGGGUAUGCGUUUGCGUACGGAAAAGACGAAGAUCGAUUCAGCAACAUACCCGAAGACAUCGACAUCUUGAUGACACAUGGACCGCCUUCAUUCACUGACGAACUCGGCUACGGUCUCGAUGUCAAUGUGAAAGGAGAAAGCUGCGGAUGCAAAAUGCUAGGCGAUGCAGUAAAGAGAGUGAAGCCAAGAUUGCACUGUUUUGGGCAUGUGCACGAAGGGAGAGGUGCUGUGAAGAUGCAGUGGUCUGAGAUAGGAAAUGGGAAUGAAAGAGUGAAGAUACUGCCAGAUGACGGGAAAUCCAUUUGCAUCAAUAAGAAAAAAGGAAAGAUGAGUUCUGUGCUAGUGAACGCAGCAAUAUGGGGUGAAACAAAAGGCUGGACUAUCGACCUCGAAAUAUAA